CCCCAGAAACUACAUAAGUAUCCAUUGCCCUCUUGUGCCCCCUUCUCUUUCCCUUCCCCAGUAGACUUGCCUCGUAUCUAUAUAUCCUUCGAGUCCUACGAGGAGGAGCUAUUAUUUUCUUAAACUUGGCGCAACAGUCGCAACGAUGUUCGGCUCCAAGAAGGAAUCAGAAGCCGUCGAUCAACCGGUCGACAAUGGCUCUGGGCAACCAUACGUGCAAAAUGUAGAUCCAUUGGCAGAUAUCCCAAAAAGCCGCUGGCAGCGACUAUGGCCUGUCAUGGCUUGCGGUGCUGGAUUGUUCUCAGAUGGAUACAUCAAUAACGUUAUUGGAUCCGUCUCAACGAUGCUUGGGACGAUUUACGGUACCGAAUAUACCGAUUCCAAUGCCCUGAAAAACAUUUCUGCCAUUACCUUCGCCGGUACCGUGGUGGGACAAUUGGUCUUCGGAUACACAAGUGACAAAUGGAGUCGCAAAAACUCUCUGCUCGUCUCGACAGUCAUCCUCAUUGUUUUUGCAGCUCUAGGUGCUGGUUCAUAUGGAUACCACGGCAGUCUUCAAGGCAUGUUCGCUGCGCUGACAGCGUAUCGUUUCCUGGUCGGUAUAGGUAUUGGAGGAGAAUAUCCAGCUGGAUCUGUGGCAUGCAGUGAAGCUACCGGCGAGCUGAAGUCUGGUACCCGCAACAGGUGGUUCAUCAUGUUCACCAAUGUUAUGAUUGAUUGGGGCUUUGUGAUUGGCGCCUUCGUCCCAUACCUUAUGGUUGUUAUCUGCGGGGACAAGCACUUGCGUGCUGCGUGGAGAAUCUCCCUCGGAUUGGGCGUCGUUCCGCCACUCAUUCUUUUCUGGCUUCGAUUGAAGCUUCAGGAGCCAGAGGAAUUCAAGAAGGAGAGCAUGAAAUAUGUCAAGAUCCCGUACAAGCUCGUCAUCAAGUACUACUGGUGGAGAUUACUCGUUGUCAGCGCUAUCUGGUUUCUGUACGAUUUCUCAACCUACUCAUUCAGCAUCUUCUCGUCCACGAUCCUGAAAAAUAUCUACGGAAGCGGAGCCCCACUGACCCAAACAUUCGGGUGGAAUACAGUUAUCAACCUGUUCUAUGUUCCCGGUGCCAUGCUCGGUUCCAUUUACUCAGACAAGAUCGGUCCUCGAUAUGCCUUGGCAUCUGGUGUCUUAGCACAAGCUCUCGUUGGUUUCAUCAUGGCUGGACUCUACCCCCAUCUCGCGAAGCCAGAGAACGUAGCCGGGUUCGCAGUCGUGUACGGAAUCUUCCUUUCCCUUGGAGAAGUCGGUCCGGGAGACAACAUUGGUCUCGUAGCUUCCAAAACUUGCGCAACUGGUGUUCGUGGACAAUAUUAUGCUAUUGCCGCAGCUUUCGGCAAGAUUGGAGCCUUCGUGGGUACAUAUAUCUUCCCAUACAUCGAGAAGGCUGGUGGAAGCAAUAAGAACGCCACUGCUCAAUAUCCCUUCUACGUCUCCUCUUGCUUCUGCGUCCUCAUGGCCGCCUUGGUCCUGUUCGGACUUCCAAACAUCGAUCAAGAUACCAUCACCAAGGAAGAUAUCAAAUUCAGAGAGUACCUCGAGAAGCAAGGCUGGGAUAUCAGACAGCUUGGUCUUUUGAAGGGACAGAACAUCACAAGCAGACCUACUGCUUUCAUAGAUGAUAAUGUUGAUGAUCAACCAGUGACGGAGGAUAAGAAGUAUUGAUUGAGUUAAUGAAUGAUACCAGAGCAGAUUGCUUAGCUAGAGCUAGGCCCUCACUAGGGCUAUUUAUUACUAAAGUAAUCCUUUACUCAA